CUUUUCGAAAUGGUGGCAACUAUGAGUACGUUCAAAGUUAAAACCAAUUCAAUGUAAUAUAAGGAUGGUACUGUUCAGACACAGUAAGUUAUUAAACAAUAGAAAUUUAAUUUUCUUGAAAAAUCAUGACAAAACUAAAAAUGCGUUUCACAUAAAAUUUAUGUCGAGUGAUGCUGUAGAAAGUGUAAACAUAAAACUAUCUAAUGACUCAACAUUUACACUAUCAACUGGAAAAUAUGCACGAUUUACAUCUGGGAGUGUUAUUGCUUCAAUGGGCAAUACAUCAGUUAUGACCACUGUAGUUAGAAAAAAUGUGCCCUGUGAUGAUACUGUGAUUCCAUUAACAGUAAACUAUAGGCAGAAAGCCUCUGCUAUUGGACGUAUACCAACGAAUUUUCUCCGUAGAGAAAUAGGUUAUACAGAUUAUGAGAUCCUUAUUAGCCGAAUAAUAGACAGAUCUUUAAGGCCUCUAUUUGAUCCAGAAUAUUGUUAUGAAACCCAAAUAGUAUGUAAUUUAUUAGCUACUGAUGGAAUUAAUAAUCCGGAUGUGUUAUGUAUUAAUGCUGCAUCUGCAGCUUUAAGCAUUUCGGAUAUUCCAUGGACUGGACCUGUGGCAGCUGUACGAGUUGGUCUAAUUGACAAAGCAUAUAUAAUUAAUCCUUCAAAGCGUGAGCUUCAACAAAGUAAACUAAACCUUGUUCUGUCAUGUUUGUCCAAAAAUUUAAUUGUUAUGAUUGAGGGUACAGCAAAUGAAAUUCUAGAACCAGAUCUUCGAAAAGCAAUAAAAAUAGGCAUUAAAGAAUGUCAAACAAUUAUAGAAUCUAUAACGCAAUUGCAAAAGCAAAUUGGUAAACCAAAGUUGAAAAUUGUUAAACACAAUGAAUCAAACAGUGACGUGAAAACGUUUGUAAGAAAUUUUGCAGAAGAUAAAUUACGUACAAUUUUCAAUUGUCAUUCCUAUGAUAAAGUUUCACGAGACGAUGCUAUUUCUAAUCUUAGAAACACAUUGUUGAAAAGUAUAACAAAUCGUGAUUCAGACUUUAUCAAAGAUGCUAUAAAGGUUUUUAGCGAAAUUACUAAGGAAACUUUCAGAUCUGUAAUAUUUGAAACAGAUAAAAGAUGUGAUGGUCGUAAUUUAGACGAACUGAGAAAUAUAGAGUGCCAGAUUAAUUUAUUUGAGCCUCUUCACGGUUCUGCAUUUUUUCAACGGGGACAAACUCAAGUUCUGUGUACGGUAACUCUUGACAGUAUAGAAAAUUCUCUUAAACUGGAUACCAUGUCAAUGCUAUCUAGCGGUUUAAAAGAAAAAAAUUUUUUCCUACAUUAUGAGUUUCCACCAUAUGCUGUAAAUGAAACGGGUAAACUUACGGGAAUUGAUCGUAGAGAAAUUGGUCAUGGAGCAUUAGCAGAGAAAGGAUUGCAAGCAAUUAUACCAAAAGAUUAUCCGUUUACUAUAAGACUGACAAGCGAGGUAUUAGAAUCUAACGGAUCAUCUUCUAUGGCUUCUAUUUGUGGUGGUAGUCUAGCAUUGAUAGAUGCAGGUGUUCCAAUAUUAUCUCCCGUUGCUGGUGUAGCUAUGGGAUUGAUAUCUAAUCCUACUACUCAAUUAACCGAUGAAGAUUAUAAAAUUUUAACUGAUAUAUCAGGUAUAGAAGAUCAUUUUGGAGACAUGGAUUUUAAAAUUGCGGGUACGAAAAAAGGAUUCACCGCUUUGCAAGUCGAUGUAAAAGUAGCGGGUAUUCCUUCAAAAGUAGCAAUGAAAACUAUUGAAAAGGCACAUAUCGCCAAAAAUCGAAUUAUUGCUAUCAUGAAUACAACAUUGUCUUCUACAUCUCACAAGAAAAAAACGAAUAAACCUGUAGUCGAUACUAUAGAAAUCCCCGUGCAUCAAAGAGGGAAAUUUCUUGGAGUUGGAGGAAUGAACUUAAAAAAUAUUUUCUACGAGACUGGAGUUAAUAUAUAUUCAGAAGACAAUAUAACGUUUUCCAUAUUUGCGCCCAAUCAAAAUGCUAUGGAUGAAGCCAAAAAUAUGAUAACUGAGAUUCUAGAAAAAAAGGUGGAACCAGUUUUGACAUUUGGUGAUAUCUACACAGCAAAAAUAAUUGAAAUUCGUGAAUCUGGAGUUAUGGUUAUAUUAUAUCCCAACAUGAUACCAACAUUAUUACCUAAUUCGCAGUUGGAUCAACGUAAAAUUCAUCAUCCUAGUGUACUUGGAUUGAAUGUUGGAGAUGAAAUAAAAGUGAAAUAUUUUGGACGAGAUCCUGUAAAUGGACACAUUAGAUUAUCUCGAAAAGUGUUGCAAGGUCCAAUCUUUUUUGAAAAAGAUUACAAUACUGUUGAAAAUUAAAAAUAAUUGUUAUAUUUUUUUAUAUUAUUUGUAAGAUG